AAAUGACAUUGCUGUGCUUCCUCACAAAAAAUUACCAACCACGUACCCACGCCAAUUAAUUAACCCAGCUAGCUAGCUAGCUAGUAUAUAUACAUAGCUUAGAGCAGCUAGCUUAAUAUAACUUCCAUUUGAUCUUUAUAUAUAUUCGUGCAAAUUAAAUCAUAGCUUUGAGAGAAGAACGAUAUAUACGGAUCAGAGACGACGUCGGAAAAGUGUGUGUGCACCAAUGCAGCAGCAGGGUGGCGGAGGCUGCAGUGGCGGCGUUCCAACUAGGUGUUCGGUUUGCGGUGAAGAGGAAGAGUUCGUCUUCUUUGUGGGCUGCCGUGAGUGCGGAGACAGCUACCCGGUGUGCAAACCUUGUGGGGAGGUGAAGGAAGGCUGCCGCCGCAGCGCUGCAGCUUGCAUCCGCUGCGGCACUGCCUCUGCUGAUGCCGCUGGAAACUUGGAAAUGGAGGAAAGAGAAACAGAGGGAUCAUACAACCACACAACAUUGCCUACUCAACUUAAUAAUCCCGAGGAGCUUGGAAUUCAUGCUAGAAACAUUAGCAUCAUUUCUACCGUGGACAGUGAAUACAAUGAUGACGUAUCGGGGAACCCGAUUUGGAAGAAUAGAGUGGAUAGUUGGAAAGAGAUGAAGAAGAUCAAAAAGAAGAAGUUAGAAAGGAAGACAGUAAAUGACGAUGAGAUUCCUCCAGAAGAACAACAACAACAUAUGGAAGAAAAUCCACUGUCAGCAGCAAGGGGUGGAGAGACGCUGCUUUCAUCGAUAAUCCGAAUUCCGAAGAGCCAAAUUGCACCCUACAGAACAGUGAUCAUUUUGAGGCUCAUAAUUCUCACCUUUUUCAUCCACUACCGAGUGAGCAACCCAGUUCAUAGUGCCUACCCCUUGUGGCUUACUUCAGUCAUUUGUGAGAUUUGGUUUGCUUUCUCUUGGCUCUUGGAUCAGUUUCCCAAAUGGGCUCCCAUCAACCGCCGGACAUACCUUCACAACCUCUCAGCUUCGUUUGAAAGCGAGGGCCAGCAAAACGCCCUGGCCGCAGUGGAUUUCUUUGUUAGCACGGUUGAUCCUCUGAAAGAACCGCCAUUGAUCACCGCCAACACCGUUCUUUCAAUCCUAGCCGUCGAUUAUCCCGUGGACAAAGUUUCAUGCUAUGUUUCCGAUGACGGUGCCGACAUCCUCACCUUCGAGUCUCUCGCGGAAACCGCUGAGUUUGCACGCAAAUGGGUACCCUUCUGCAAAAAGUUCUCCCUCGAACCCCGGGCGCCCGAGUUCUACUUCUCCCAGAAAAUCGAUUACCUCAAGGACAAAGUGCAGCCUUCUUUUGUCAAGGAAAGGAGAGCUAUAAAGAGAGAGUAUGAGGAGUACAAGGUGAGGAUAAAUGCAUUGGUUGCAAAGGCUCAAAAAACGCCAGAAGACGGGUGGACCAUGGCGGAUGGAACACCUUGGCCGGGAAAUAACUCAAGGGACCACCCAGGCAUGAUUCAGGUGUUCUUAGGAAAUACUGGUGCCCAUGACAUGGAAGGAAAUGAGCUCCCCAGACUAGUUUAUGUAUCCCGAGAGAAGAGGCCAGGGUAUCAACACCACAAAAAAGCCGGUGCAGAAAAUGCUCUGGUUAGGGUUUCUGCCAUUCUUACAAACGCACCCUACAUUCUCAACCUUGAUUGUGAUCACUAUGUUAACAAUAGCAAGGCCAUCCGUGAAGCAAUGUGUUUUCUGAUGGAUCCCCAAGUUGGCCAAGACUUAUGUUACGUGCAGUUCCCUCAGCGAUUCGACGGUAUAGAUAAGAGCGAUAGAUAUGCCAACCGUAAUGUUGUGUUCUUUGAUGUUAAUAUGAAAGGCUUAGAUGGAAUACAAGGACCAGUUUAUGUUGGUACUGGUUGUGUUUUCAACAGGCAAGCACUUUACGGUUAUAGUCCCCCAUCCAUCCCCCAAUUACCAAAGUCUUCAUCAUCAUCGUGUUCUUGGUGUGGAGGCUGUUGUUGUUGCUUCCGCGUUAGGAAGAUAACAAAAGAGAAGGAUGCAGCAGAGCUUUAUCGUGAUGCCAAAAGGGAGGAUCUCAAUUCCGCCAUUUUUAAUCUGAGGGAAAUCGAGAAUUAUGAUGAGUAUGAGAGGUCAUUGGUCAUCUCCCAGAUGAGCUUCGAGAAAACGUUUGGCAUGUCUUCGGUAUUCAUAGAGUCCACAUUAAUGGAAAAUGGAGGUCUUCCCGAUUCAUCUGAUCCAUCCACACUCAUCAAUGAGGCCAUUCAUGUCAUCAGUUGUGGCUAUGAAGAGAAGACUGCAUGGGGUAAAGAGAUCGGUUGGAUAUAUGGAUCAGUUACUGAAGAUAUCUUGUCGGGCUUCAAGAUGCAUUGCCGAGGGUGGAGGUCAAUAUAUUGCAUGCCUCUAAGGCCUGCAUUCAAGGGAUCUGCCCCAAUCAACUUAUCUGACAGGUUGCACCAAGUUCUCCGUUGGGCUCUUGGAUCAGUUGAGAUUUUCUUUAGCAGACAUUGUCCACUGUGGUAUGGAUUUGGAGGCGGCCGCCUGAGAUGGCUUCAGAGGCUUGCAUAUAUCAACACCAUUGUUUACCCUUUCACUUCCAUCCCCUUGGUCGCAUACUGCUCCUUGCCUGCUAUAUGUCUUCUCACUGGGAAAUUCAUCAUACCAACGUUGACGAAUGUUGCGAGCAUCCUGUUUCUUGGACUGUUUAUUUCGAUCAUCGUGGCGAGCAUUCUAGAGCUACGGUGGAGCGGUGUGAGCAUAGAGGACUGGUGGAGGAACGAGCAGUUUUGGGUCAUCGGAGGGGUUUCGGCUCACCUCUUUGCCGUCUUCCAGGGAAUCCUGAAAAUGAUUGCAGGGAUAGACACCAAUUUCACAGUGACCGCAAAGGGAGCAGCAGAGGACACAGAGUUUGGGGAUCUCUACAUCUUCAAAUGGACAACCGUCUUGAUCCCUCCCACCACCAUUCUCAUCGUCAACUUGGUGGGUGUGGUGGCUGGCUUUUCGGAUGCGCUCAACAGUGGAUAUGAGUCAUGGGGGCCACUGUUCGGGAAAGUCUUUUUUGCAUUUUGGGUCAUCUUUCAUCUCUACCCAUUCUUGAAAGGUCUCAUGGGGCGCCAGAAUCGCACCCCGACUGUUGUUGUCUUGUGGUCGGUGCUAUUGGCUUCCGUUUUCUCACUCGUCUGGGUUAAGAUAGAUCCAUUUGUUUCCAAGAAUGAUCCUUCUACCUUGGCUCAGAACUGCAUUUCUAUUGACUGCUGAGGAUAAAGCAGAGAAAUAAG